AUGUCACUUUCACCAAGAACUAUUGAGCUUGUAAAAUCAACUAUUCCAUUGAUUGCAGGAACUGGACCAGCCUUGACAACAAAGUUCUAUAGAAAUCUAUCUAUCUAUCUAUCUUUCUAUCUAUCUAUCUAUCUUUAUAAAACCGAACGAGGACAAUUGAUGAAGGUUUUUCCAGUUGAAGAGAAAUCAGAUAAACAAUUAUUCACUAUUAGUAAAACAGUUAAAGAAACACCAAAACUAUUAAAUAAAAGAGAACAAAAGAAAGAAUUGGCAAAAAAUAAAUUGACAAGAGCAGAGAAAAUAUUGUCAUCAAAUGACAAUGUAGAAGAGAUCUCAAAGAAUAAGAAUGUAACGACAAAUCAAAUGAUGAACGAGUUGGCCGGCAAGAACAAGAGAAAGACACAAGACUUGUGGGAGGAGGAACAGGAAAUCGACCAAAACAGCUAUCUACAUACCAAUGAAGAGGACGUCUACCAUCCCCGUCCAACUCACAACAAAUUGGUCAAGGCUUCCAAGUCUGUCGAAUUGCCAUCGGCCGGUAUGUCUUACCGUCCCGUUCCACAAGAGCAUCAACAAACUCUCUACAAGGCUCUUCAAAUCGAAAAAAAGGCCGAAAGAUAUGUAAAGCAAGUCGAACAAGGAUUGACCAUCCAAGAGAUGCCAGAAAAGAUCGUCAAGAAACUCAAGAUUGAUCUCCAACUCGAAAAGGAGAGAGACAUCAAGUUGGUACAAGAAAGAGAUCAAUUGCCAGUCAUCAAGACCAAGGAGGCAAACUAUGGACUAAGCAACAGUCCAAGUAUCAACAACAUUCAUAACAUCUCCUCACAACCUGUAAAUACUAUAACCACAACUACUACAACAACCAAUUAUCACCUUCAACAACAACAACAACAACAACAACCAUCACCCUCCUUUUUACCAUUCAACAUUUCUUCUUUUAAUAAUAUUGGUAAUAAUAAUAAUAAUGGUAAUAAUACACUUCCGAGUCCAUACCUAUCAUCAAAAUAUCAACAGAGUAAUAAUGGUAGUACCAAUAAUCUUUAUAGAUUAACCUCGAAUCAACAACAUAAUAAUUAUGAAACAAAAGAUGAAAUUGUACAUAGAUUAGAAACACAAAUACAAGCAAUUUUGGCAGAAGUUGAAUUAUUAAAAGAUAGGAUCAAAGAGAUGGAAGAAGAACAAGGAAGAAUGAAAUGGGGAUUAAAGUAUUCUCGUCGUGUUUUGAUUACUAGCAACUUUUUGUUGGGUAUCAAUCUCUAG